GUACCAGUCUCAAAGCUGUACAAAACUGCUAGCGGAGAGCUUGCAGAUUACUUCGUCAUCCCCGCAGGAACUGAUGUGAUUUUUCCCAUCGCCUCAAUCAACAUAUUACCCUCAGUCUGGGGUCCAGACGGCGAGCAGUUUAGAGCUGAGCGGUGGAUUGAAAAGGAUGGGCUUCCCGAGGAGGUGCAGAAUUUGUCGGGGGGAUUCGUGCACACUUUCACGUUCAUCUCGGGCCCGAGAGCUUGUCUGGGCAUGCGAUUCGGUACGCUUACUGGAUUUUGCUCUCCUCGCGUUACUCCUUGCAUUAUUGACUUUUGCAUCUGCCUACGGAAACAGCUAUCUCGGAGAUCAAGGUUCUGA